CUGCAUUAAAUUCUUAUCACCACCGGAGAUUCUUGUCUGUGCCACUGCGCCAGCGCGCCCAAAGCCCCAUAUAUACCCGAACGUAGAGCACUGAUUGCUCCUUGCAUUCGACACUACGGAUGGGAGAUCUACCACUAGGCACGUAUCGACCGACGACUUACGGGGUUUCGGUUCGCUGCCAAGAGAGUCACUCUCCCACAAUCCCCGCUCCUCGGUCAUAGGCCGACAGUAUAACAUCAGGAUGGAUCCCUUCCAGGAUCCUGGUCCAUCGCACACUCACCUCAGUUCUGAAGACCAAAUGUCUUCAACCCCAGGACGCAAGCGCGUCGUAUGGAGGGAAGAUACUACCGCUAAUGUACCUACGUCUUCAGUCACGCCAGAAGACAAUAACACUGGUUCUGGUGGCCACAAUACCCCGCUACAAAGAGCGGAUCUCUCACAAGAUGAUCUUAGAAAAAUGCGAGAAUCUAUCAAGAUAGCUCUUUCAGAAGAAUAUCCUCAAGAAGCAGGAGCUACGCCACCUGCUCGCGAUGUUCAGAAACCACGCCCAGCGAUACGGAAAGCUGCUCGUACGCCUCCAGAGUUCUUCCUCAAUGAUGAGCCCAACCCUUUCGAAGAUGAAAUCGAGCGAAUUGAUCGACAAAAUUCGCUCCGAUCCAAAGCCAAGGAGCGGUCGGGUCUCGAGGCCCAGCGACGAGCUGCAAAGCUUUCUCAGUCAAUGGGUACCUACUCUGCUCCUAUAUCUCGUCGUGGCUCCGAAGGCCAGCUGAGCCCACCCUCAAUGGAGCUCCAAAGCAUGGUCAGCUCGUAUAACAAUACUGCUGAAAACAGUGAAGAGGACGACGACAAUGACCCGCAAUUUAUGAAGCGAGCCUCUAGGCUCCUACGCAACCAUACUGUCCGGAAUGGUGGUGCCGGGCCUGCCAUUAGCAUGGAAGAUUUGUACCAUGCGGAACCUCCCCUCCAGUCUGGUCAGGUCACUCCCACAAACGGUGUCGAAAUUGAAGCCGAGCACGUCGCACGUCCAAGAAAAUAUCGAACGGGUGUUUUAGGAACGCUACUGCAAGCGUCAACCGCUGCUGCUCAAGCUCCUGUUACUGCCGGCCGAUCAGGUCGGGCUUCUCACUCCAGGAACACCAGCGCAGGCUUCACAUUCAGUGGGGCCUCGACGGCAGCCAACUCACCAAACACAUCGCCUCCCCGCUCAGGAACCACAACUCCUCGUAGCAAACAUUGGUACACCCGCCAUGGUACUAAUCAGUCCACCAACUCUAUCUCCACGCUCGUUGGGAGCUCUGCUCGUAGCUUUGCUGCACCCUCCCAGCAAGACCUGGGCAAUGAGUUUGCCGAGCAAGUCAAGAAGACCCGCCCUGGUAUGGGCAAGCGAUCGAAAUCAGAUGAAUCUGUCAAGAAGCCUAAGCAACGUCGUGACAAAGACAUGAAAAUCAAGAUCCACAUCGCUGGGACAUUGGCGCGACAGAGCUACCUUCGUAAGCUUUGCAAAGCUUUGAUGAUGUACGGUGCGCCGACGCACCGCCUGGAAGAAUAUCUCAGCAUGUCCGCACGUGUUCUGGAGAUAGAAGCUCAAUUCUUGUACAUGCCCGGGUGUAUGAUUUGCGCCUUCGAUGACAGUUCUAUUCAUACUUCGGAGGUCAAGCUUGUCCGCACUGCACAAGGCGUUGAUCUUGGGAAACUUCGCGACGUGCACGAAAUUUAUAAGGACGUCGUACACGACCGUGUCGGUGUUGAUGAAGCAACUCCUCGCUUAGAAGCAAUCAUGGGACGAAAGAAUAAGUUCGGCCGUUGGCCCAGGGUGCCCGUCUACGGCCUUGCCUCCGCCACAGUCGCUCCUUUUGCUUUCAGUGCCCGACCCAUCGAUCUUCCCUUCUGUUUUCUGUUGGGCUGCAUUAUUGGUUGGUUGCAGUUGAUCGUCGCGCCUGGAAACGAGCUCAUCAGCAACGUCUUCGAGAUUGGCGCCGCUGUCAUUACAAGCUUCCUCGCGCGCGCCCUUGGUUCCAUUCGUGGAAAGGACGGCAACGAGAUCUUCUGCUUCAGUGCCAUGGCUCAGUCCAGUAUUGCUCUCAUCCUACCCGGUUUUAUGGUGCUUUGCGCCUCGCUGGAACUCCAAAGCAAACACAUUGUCGCCGGGUCGGUUCGCAUGGUUUACGCUAUUAUUUACUCGCUCUUCUUGGGUUUUGGAAUCACCAUCGGCACCGUUCUAUAUGGUAUGAUGGACAAGAACGCCACAUCGAAGAGGACAUGCGACAAUCCCAUGUCUUCCCAUUUCUACUACCUCUUUGUGCUAGCAUUUGCGAUCUGCCUCAUGAUCGUUAACCAGGCAAAGUACAAGCAGAUGCCCUCCAUGGCAGUCAUCGCCCUCAUUGGCUAUGUUGUCAAUUUCCACAGCUCGUCAUACUUCAAGGCCAAUGCGCAGGUCUCCAACACUCUCGGCGCCCUGGCAAUCGGCAUUGCCGCCAACGUGCACGCUCGUUUCGGCCGCCAUGUCGAGAAUUGGGGCUUGGAUACCUGGGAAAACAAGCUCCGUCCUCGUUUCAUGGCAUUACGCAAGAAAUACCUGCGCAAUCGUCAUGGUGCUGUCCGCACACUACCCAAAGUCGAGCGCUCAGAGUACAGCACUGCGCACAACGACAGCGCCGUUCAGUCGUGCGCCAGCUCUGUCAGUGAUUUUGUCCCGCAUACCCGUAAGAUCGGAUAUGGCCUUGCUGCUGCUGCUAUGCUGCCUGCUAUCUUCGUACAAGUCCCGUCUGGCCUCAGUGUGCAGGGUUCGCUCGUCUCUGGCCUCAGCUCCGCUGAUCAGAUCACAAGGAAUACGUCGGACGCGACCACGCUCAGUGCAGCAGAUGUCACGGCCGGCGUUUCGUUGAACAGCAUUGCGCUCAAUGUCGGAUUUUCGGUCGUGCAGAUUGCAAUCGGUAUCACCGUUGGUCUUUUUUUGGCUGCGCUCAUUGUCUAUCCUCUCGGCAAGCGCAGGUCGGGUUUGUUUAGUUUCUAAGUCUGGCACUUUUUGUUUUCAAAGCGCACUGUUUCUUUAUAGUCUCUCUUUAGCGUUUUUGAAGCGAAAGACAUGAUAGAGAUGCAUUAUCGGCGUUGGUAGUCAAGCAUUUGAAGGAGUUUAGAAGCUCUGGUAGCUAUGAAUAGUUGGAUCUUGG